ACUAACCAUAAUGUGAUUUUUGGAAAAUCAUAUUACAAAUUAUCUAUAAAUAGAGUAGGUAUAAUAUAUAUAAGGACAUAGUUUCCGUGCGCCUUUAUCAGUACUUUUACAGAUAUUCUGUGACGCGAAGCCAUUAAAAUAUUGAGUUAAAAGAACGACUAUACAUUACGUUGAUGAACUAUGGCAACACAGCAAGCAAGGAAAACUAUGCUUUAUUCCCCAGCGGACAAGAAUAAAUGCAAAUCUGCAGUUUCCAGGCUUCUCAAAGAAAAAGUGAUCUCCCUGGACGCAGAGGGUGUUCAACUAGGUAAAGAUGGACCACUGACGUUACUACAAAUAGGGACAUUAGACGGGGACGUCUUCUUGUUUGAUGUUAUGAUUAACGAGAAGAAACAAGAUAAAAUGUUCUUCAAAGAUACUGCACUUGACAAAAUUCUCACAAGUACAAGCAUAGUUAAAGUAAUCCAGUCUUGCUCAGGUGACAGUGCAGCGCUUUAUCACCAGUUUGGCAUCAGGUUGGAAAACGUCUUUGACACACAGGUAGCACAUCUUGUGAUUGAAGAGCACAAAGGGAAACGACUUCCUACUAGAGAGAAACUUGCAGACAUUUGUAAACUGUAUUCUCAAAAUGCCGAAGUUUACGAGGGAAAGGAUGACGUAAAGUUGGAGUGGAGCAAGAUUGCUGGCAAUUACUGGGCAAAAAGACCUAUGACACAAACAAUGAUUGAUUAUGCCAGUGGAGACGUUACAUCUCUCAUUCCAGAAGUUUACGAAACGCAAAAAGAAUAUAUCACAAGAAAUCAACUCCUUGAUUUGUAUGAAGAAAGGGUUCUUGAAGAAAUAGAAUUAGAUAUUGAGGCGGCUGCAAAAGAAAAGCGCAAACAGAGAAAUUUUGAUAUCAGAAUGGAUAUUCUUGGAGACAUGGCCAAAAAGUACAGACGAGGAACUGUUUAUGAAAGCAUUACGGAUGAAGAUGAGAUCAAGACAUUGAAAGAUACAAACUUCUCUGAGUUGGCUGAUCACAGUAGCGUUAUAACAGAACUGAAACUGCAGUCUAUGGCAAGUUACCUGAGGUCACUUGAAGAAAAACUUGAGACUCCAGAGGAGUUCAACCCAGAUCGUGGCGUCAAUUUUAAACUGACUGACAUUGAACGCUUUGGCUCAGAGCAACUUAAGAGGGAUGCGUUACGAAUUAAAGCAAAAGUCGAUGAUGUAAUAUCUUCGGAUGUGCAGAGGAAGUACAAAGCCGAUGAACCGCUCGAGAAUAUAUCGUCUCCAGAAUAUCAGAUUAUCAGAAAUCUUAAACCAAUUGGAGAUAAUGCCCCAAACUACCCACCGACUGUUCUUGCAUUACAUUGGAAAAUUGCGGCAACUGAAAUGCAAGACGCUACUGAUGCACUUAAUAACGACCCCGAUUACAACAUGACAAUUCCGGUUCCUAAAUUAAAGUUCUUCACUAACAACAGUAACGUUCCCGGAAAUGUUAAACGGAUUGCACAAACAUUGCUGGAAAAAAAUGAGUCUGCAAUUUUACGUAGAAUCCCGAGGAAGUAUACGAAAAAUUCUCAACUUUCCGAUCUUACGACUUCAGAAAAGAUGGUCUUGGAACGUUUGAAAAUUUCUUCAGAAAGUUUCCACCCUGUCAUUGUUGACCUUCAUUGGAAGGUUAAUGCUGAGAAGUUGGAAAAGGACAUAGCAGAUUUCCGUGCUGGAAACCUUAUUGUCAAUGAUGGUCUACGGAGGAAACUAGACUUUUUUCAGAAAAAUAAAUCAGUUCCAGUGGAAGUAAAGCAAAAGGCGUCAGCGUUUCUGCAACUAUUACCGCCGUCCCAGGGUAACCGUGGCAGAGGGAGGGGAAGGAGAUAUGUAAUUCAGUCUUGCUGAGGUGACAGUGCAGGUCUUUUUCACCAGUUUGGCAUCAGGUUGGAAAACGUCUUUGACACACAGGUAGCACAUCUUGUGAUUGAAGAGCACAAAGGGAAACGACUUCCUACUAGAGAGAAACUUGCAUACAUUUGUAAACUGUAUUCUCAAAAUGCCGAAGUUUACGAGGGCAAGGAUGACGUAAAGUUGGAAUGGAGCAAGAAUGCUGGCAAUUACUGGGCAAAAAGACCUAUGACACAAACAAUGAUCGAUUAUGCCAGUGGAGACGUUACAUCUCUUAUUCCAGAAGUUUACGAAACGCAAAAAAAAUAUAUCACAAGAAAUCAACUCCUUGAUUUGUAUGAAGAAAGGGUUCUUGAAGAAAUAGAAUUAGACAUUGAGCCGGCUGCAAAAGAAAAGCGCAAACAGAGAAAUUUUGAUAUAAGAAUGGAUAUUCUUGAAGACAUGGCCAAAAAGUACAGACGAGGAACUGUUUAUGAAAACAUUACGGAUGAAGAUGAGAUCAAGACAUUGAAAGAUACCAACUUCUCUGAGCUGGCUGAUCACAGUAGCGUUAUAACAGAACUGAAACUGCAGUCUAUGGCAAGUUACCUGAGGUCACUUGAAGAAAAACUUGAGACUCCAGAGGAGUUCAACCCAGAUCGUGGCGUCAAUUUUAAACUUACUGACAUUGAACGCUUUGGCUCAGAGCAACUUAAGAGGGAUGCGUUACGAAUUAAAGCAAAAGUCGAUGAUGUAAUAUCUUCGGAUGUGCAGAGGAAGUACAAAGCCGAUGAACCGCUCGAGAAUUUAUCGUCUCCAGAAUAUCAGAUUAUCAGAAAUCUUAAACCAAUUGGAGAUAAUGCCCCAAACUACCCACCGACUGUUCUUGCAUUGCAUUGGAAAAUUGCGGCAACUGAAAUGCAAGACGCUACUGUGGCACGUAAUAACGACCCCGAUUACAACAUGACAAUUCCGGUUCCUAAAUUAAAGUUCUUCACUAACAACACUAACGUUCCCGGAAAUGUUAAACGGAUUGCACAAACAUUGCUGGAAAAAAAUGAGUCUGCAAUUUUACGUAGAAUCCCGAGGAAGUAUACGAAAAAUUCUCAACUUUCCGAUCUAAUGACUUCAGAAAAGAUGGUCUUGGAACGUUUGAAAAUUUCUUCAGAAAGUUUUCAUUUUCAUAUAUGAUGUUAUAUCAUUGUUGACCUUCAUUGGAAGGUUAAUGCUGAGAAGUUGGAAAAGGACAUAACAGAUUUCCGUGCUGGAAACCUUAUUGUCAAUGAUGGUCUACGGAGGAAACUAGACUUUUUUCAAAAAAAUAAAUCAGUUCCAGUGGAAGUAAAGCAAAAGGCGUCAGCGUUUCUGCAACUAUUACCACCGUCCCAGGGUAACCGUGGCAGAGGGAGGGGGGGGGGUAUUAAACAGUUGAGCAUUGAAUCUGUGCAGACAAAUAUCCUACACAAUGACUAGUUUAUUGAAACAUUUUGUUUAAACAAAAUUUAUUUGUGACCUUUUCAUUUACAUAGUAAAGAACAUAAAAUAAAUUUUACCGAUUGAGUAGGAAGCUUAAAAAGCAUUUCUGUAAUCAAUAUUUCACAGAUUUUAAAUAAAUAGUAACAAAAUAUACAAUGUAUAAACUAAACUAUACACAUCAAUUCAACGUGUGCUUGCUUUCUUACGUAUACAUAGUAUAUUUAUAAUAAGUAUUCAUGAACUAAACUGUUCGAUUUGAGGUUAAUGUAUACAAACACGAACAAGAAUUUAAUUUGAAAAAUGAAUACAUGUACAUCGUUUAAUCUAUUUAACACGUACAUGUACCAUGGACGUUGGAAAAAUCAUUGAUUAAAAAUGAAGAAGAAAAGGAAAAAGAAGUAGAAAUAGAUAAAAAAACGUUUACUAAGUUACAUUUAUUUAUAUAUCAAAAUGGUUCGAAGAAAAAAAGAUAAUUGAUAAACUGUGCUAAUUGUGAUUGUCAUGUUUAAUUUGACGUUGUAUUUUUUUAACUGGUAUAUUUCUUUAUUUCUGUCUGUGAUAUUUUGUACAUAAAAAGUUUUAAUCAGUAUAGCGUUUUAUACAUACGAAACAUAUUUUUAAUUAUGAUAAUGUGGGCUUCUGUAUAU